ACAGACAUUCUUGGCUCAUAGUAAAUACCGUUUGUGUGAAUCGUGCAUACCGUGCGUAUUCAUUUUUCUAAUGAUUCCAUGUGUAUAUCACGAAUGUGGAAUGAUGGUUGUGCCCCCGUGUCUCAUGAACAGCAGUUACAUAACCAGUUCUAACCCUGCUAUCUUCUCCGCAGUGUCUCAGUAUCGCAACGUCUCCUCAUCGCUCUAUCCCAACCGUCUCGAUGGGAGUUUCCCGCCGGCUGCUGCGCCGUCUGCGCCGCUGGGCGCGCCGCGGCUCGUGCCGCCGCCUCCGCUCGCUGCUGCGCCGCCACCCGGAGAUCUGCGGGGCGGGGGCCGGGGGGAGCUCGGCGGCGGGGGCGGCCCUGAUCUCGGCGAGCCGCCGGGGCCACGCGUCCGUGGUGCGGCUUCUGCUGCGCCGCGGCGUGGACGGAGCGGCGACCAGGGGUCGCGGCGGGGAGACGGCGGCGCACGCAGUGGUGCACAGGGCGCUUAGACGGCCCGCGGACAAGGGCUGCCUCCGCGUGAUCGCCCUGCUGCGCAAGUACUGCCCGGACUGCCUCCAGGUGCGCAACCUGGACGGCAUCACCGCAGCACACCUCCUGGCUCGCCUGCCUCACCAGGGCGGGCUUGCGGAACAGCAGGAGGAGGCGGUGUCGCUGGUGGGGGCCAUGCUGGGCGAGCGUGGGGGUUGGGGCUCCGAGGAGGAGGGGCCGUGGGGAAGCCGUGGGGAGGACUCCGCGUGGCUGCGCCGCGUGCAGGACGAGUGUGAGGACGAGUACAACACUGCCUGGGGGCGCUACGAGGACGACUUCGAGGCGGCGGACGGCAACGGCUCCGAGCCCGAGACCUUCGAGGGCUGGGUUCAGCGCCUGGCCCGGGAGCAGCGCGAGCGCAGCCGCCCGGGCCCCAGUGCCGCCGAGCUCCGGCGCCGGCGGCUCCGCGAGGAGCGCGAGCGGCGCGAGGAGCGCUGGCGGCAGGAGCUGCGAGCGACGCUCGCCACGGAGCACUCGGAGCGCCAGCGCCGCGCGGCCGCGGCCUCCUCCGCCGCGGCCGACGCCGCGGCCGCCGCCAAGGAGUCGUACGAGCGCCGGCUCCUGGCCGCGGCGGAGAAGCUGGCGCGGUCGGCCGAGUCCGCUGCCGAUUCUGCCGGGGGUGGGGCGCAGCGGCAGGGGGAGCUGCGGUACGAUGACAUCCCGUGGCCGGCGCCGCACGGCACCGCCGAGGAGAUGGCGGCGGUGCUGGCGCACGGCGUGGACCGGACGGAGGAGGGAGGCGCCCCCUACAGGCGCCACCUACGCCGCCAGCUCGUGUUGUGGCACCCGGACAAGUUCGAGCAGCGGUUUGGCGCAAGGCUGCACGUGGCCGAGCGGGAGGGCGUCCUGCGCACCGUCAAGGAGUUGUCGCAGGCACUCAACAGGCUCAUGGGGGCCAGCGCCACGUGAUCGCGGUGGUGGUGAUGAGGAAGAUGGUGGUGACGGUGGAGGUGAUGGUGGUGGUGAUGGUAGUGGUGAUGAUGAAGUUGGUGAUGGUGGUGAUGAUGAUGAUGAAGGUGAUGAUGGCGAGCUGUGGUGCAGCGGUUUAGCGCGCCGGGCGUGGUGCUGGCCGCCCACCCCCUCAGGUGCUGUACUGGCCUUCAUAGGUACUACUUGUUCACUUGCCCCAACGGUCUUUGUGUGAAUGUGUGCAUCGGGUCACGCCACUCCUCUUUGCACGAAUACACGUCACAAUAUUACUAAAUGUAAAUUAUCUGAAAGUCUGAAAAAUGUACAAACAUACUCUUCAAAUGUUGAAAAUCCAACAAUUUUUAAUACAAAGAUUAUCCUGAUGUGUACACACGUGUCUG